ACAUCUGUACUGUUUUCUCCUACAAAAACAGAGCUUCAUUCACUUCAUUUGAAACAAAAGCUCACUCAAAGUUUAUUCCAAUUCUUGUUGCUGAGUUUCUAAGCCAUGUUUCAAAGCAGAGCUAACAGCAAACCAGAGAAGAAGAGCCCAUCUCCCUUAUUUAGCAGUGGACAAGAGCUAGCAAACUUGGCAGUGAGUUCUGGUCUAUUGGAGCAGUCAUGGGCAAAAAUUUCAGAGCUUUAUAAUGAACUCAAUCAAAAUGAGACAAUAAGAUGGAGAAGUUAUCAAGAAUCAAACUUUCUUAUCAUAGCUUUUGGUACGUCACCCUUUUGGACAACACAGCUUCUUAAAGAAGAAGAGCUGGUUCCAUCAACCUCUCUUCCUCAGUUUCAAUUCUUAUGCUCCAAAAGCAGCUCAUCUUUCUCCAUCCACAAAGCUGCAGCGACCCUGUUUGGUCAUCUCCAUGAUCAACUUGUUAACCUCAAAACCCAGGUAGAGCAGUUUGAGGGGCAGUUUAAAGAUCGAACUCGGUUAAUUAUUACUGGACACUCUCUAGGAGGAUCUGUUGCUUCUCUAUUUACCUUAUGGCUAUUAGACAGCAUCAAUCAAAGAGACAAGGAGAAGGACAAAUCAGUAAUCAAGCACACCCUUUGUGUUACUUUUGGUGCACCUCUGUUGGGUGACAAAGGUUUCCAAGAAGCCAUAUCUUGUAGCUCAUUAUGGAAUUCUUGCUUUCUCCAUGUGGCUGCAAAUCAAGACUUGGUCCCAAGAUUGUUUAUUUCACCGCAUAAUCCUAAUGCCAUGGACAUUGAUUCCCAAACGGGUCCUUACAAGCCUUUUGGUACAUUUCUGUUAUGUUCUGCAUCUGGAUGUACUUGUGUUGAGGACCCUGACGCAGUAUCUGAAUUACUGGAGGCAAUGGGCCUAGAAACGGCUGGAAUCCAAAAUCCUAAUGAAGCAUGGCAGAUAUUCGAUUACGGAAAACCUGUAAAGUGUCUUAUGUCUAUUGUAAAUAUCAAGGGACUUGCACAACUUGGUGAAUUGACUGUGGACACACUUCGAGCAGGGAUAAUUUUGCAACUGGAAGCCAUUGGAGUUAUCAGUAUACAGCAAAACUCUGGCAGCCGUGAGCUGAUUGCAAAAAUGGAAAAGGAUUGUCUGUUAAAGAAGAAGAAGGCUUUUGACUCCUCCAAGAAACUGAAUGACAUGAAGAUAUAUGGUCAAUCUAGAAUGGUAUAAGAAGACUUGUGCAUCGAUGACGAGGCUAC